AUGGCCGAACCAAAGCAACAACCAGCAGCGCCUGUGACCCAGCAGCCCAAGGCUCUUGCGGGUGUGCCUACGAUGGAAGAGGCUAGAGCGACCACAGGGUCCGAGGAAUGGCAAUCUGGGAUAUUCGAAUGCUUUGAGGGAGAAGAUCUUCUUUGCCUCAAGACCACAUUCUGCUCAUGCUUCACCUACGGAAAGACAAUGCAUCGAUCUAGAGAGCCAUCAAUGGCCACCUACGAACGAAUCAACAAUGAUUGUCUUAUGUUUGUUGCUGCAAAUUGCUUCUCCCUCGGCUGGUUCCUAACCUUUCUCAAGCGCGGCGAGCUUCGUGAGAGCUAUAAUCUCAAGGGAGAUCAUGUCACAGAUUGUCUCCUCAGUGCGUUCUGCGGCUGCUGUACUCUUAUUCAACACGAGAAGGAAGUUAUCGCCAAACAGAGAGCUGCUGGGUUGGUCAGCCAGGGAUAUCAGGCGCCUGCUGGAAUGACUACUGGUCAAUAA